AAUCCAUCAAAGUAUUAGUAUUAUGAAAAACAAAUUAUAUGAUAUUUUAACGUUCAUGUAUUAGAAAUUUCAAUUAUCGUUUUUACAAAAUAAUCAACAAAUUUCAUUACUUAAUUUGAAUGUGAAUUAUUAUAAAUUUAAACCUUAAAUCAAUUUAUAAAUUUUUCGAAAUGCCUAAAAAAUUUGUUGGUAUGAAUUCAAAAGCAAUGGAAGCUAAAGCUCGAAAAGAUACAUUAAAGUUAGAAGCUGAUGCUAAAAGACAAAAAGCUAUUGAAGAUGAGUUUUGGAAGGAUGAUGACAAAAAUAUUGCUAGAAAACAAAAAAGAAAAGAAGAAAAAGAAAAAAAAAAGGUUGAUCAAUUAGAAAAAAAACGUGAAGCACAAUUAAUUUUAGAGGCAGAACUUCGUGAUAUUAAAACUAAGCAAAUUAAUCAAAAAGUUACUCAACAUCAACUCAUGAAAGAACUUGAAAAACCUUCAAAAUCUAAGCCAACUGUUACAGAAAAAGAUGAUUAUGAAAUUCCUAUUGAAGAGAAUCUUAAUCACUUAUCUAUGCAUGAUGAAGAAGCUAGGACAGUAGAUGAAGCUCUCAAUAUGCUUAAUUCUACCCAAAAGAUAUUGGAUAAACAUCCUGAAAAAAGACUUAAGGCAGCAUAUACUGCUUUUGAAACUGAAAAUAUUUCGCGUUUAAGAGCUGAAAAUCCAUCUAUGCGGUUGUCUCAAGUAAAACAACUUUUAAAUAGGGAAUGGGCAAAAUCUCCUUCAAAUCCUGUAAACCAAAAGUAUAAUUAAGUAAUGAGUUUUACUCAUUAAUUAUAAAUUAAAAUGUACAAAUUUGUAUUUAAUACACUAUAGUAUGACAUUAAAAAAAUUAUUUAUUUUAUGCUAAAAUCAUUAAUGAUUGACUUAUAUAAUAUUGUAUCAUUAUUGAUAAUGUGUAUAACUAUUUCUUUAUUUGUUAUUUAAGAAUUAGUUUUUACAACUACUAUGUAAAAAUAUAUUGCAUAAGUUCUUAUAAGUGAAAAAUAAGAUAAAAUGAAGUGAUAUUAUAUUUAAUUAUGAUUGCAUUAAUAUAUCUAAUUAUUAUUUAAAAAAUGUAUUAAUUUCUGCAAUUCAAAAGUGUUUAAAAUAUCUCAAUAACGUUCUCUCAAGUGUUGCAAUGGAUUUCAAAAAUAUUCUUAGUGCAGUUUAAACCCAGUUCUGUUUAUUUUGUGUUAUGAAUAAUUAAAAGUCUUGAGAUUUA